AUGGUGAACCGGGGGCGCUCGGGCGCCUGCAUUACGUGCAAACAGCGACGCGUCAAAUGCGACGAAGCAAAACCCAAAUGCCAGACAUGUCAUCGCCUGGGACUUCGGUGCGAUGGCUACCAGACCAGAUACAGCAAUCUCAAGUUCAGGGACCAGAAUUACAAGUUCCGGGGUGUACGCCCUACCCCAGUGGCGUCAGACGAGAACCGCGUGCUCAGGCCCCGCGCGCUUGGGGCGCCCGAUACCUCGGUGUCUUUCUUCCUGCAGUACUACGUCGGAAUGGGCCGCGAUCUAGGGUCUGCGCGGGGGUUUUACGAGGUCCUGACUCCCGUUUAUUACUCUCAGACGCAGGAAUCGCCUCUCUCGUUGGCGGUGUCAGCCGUAGCUUCCGAAGUAUUGUCUCUGUGGCGUGGCGAUCCCACCUGCGCUUCUCAAGAGAUGUAUACCCGCGCGAUCACGCGCCUGCGAAGCACAUUGCAGGACCGCAAAAAUUGGGGUGAUCCGGCAACUCUAUUGGCUGUGUUAUCGCUGCAGAUGUAUGAGAAUGUCGCGGCCGUCUUUGAUCUUCGCUCGGGAACCUCUGUACACCACGAUGGCGCAUUGUCUUUGCUGCCUUUCGCCGGUUCCAGUCCAUCUGAUGCUUUGACUUGGACCCACCUUCAAAGAUUCAUUCUUCAUUCGGAAAUUUGCUCAGCGUUGCGCCAGGAACGACCGUCGCAUAGGAUUGUGUCCUCCUGGGUCGAGGGCGAAUAUUCGAUAGCGCCCUCAGAAAACCCAAGUCCGCGGCUUGAUGCCAUUGGGGCUGCGGUUGCUGAACUACAAGCUCGCUUUAUGCAGUGCUCGAAGCAAAAUGUGCAAAUGCAAAACGCCCCCUAG